AUGGAGAAUCGUUUUUCACUUGCUAUCGAUAACGUUAUCAGAGUGAUAGAUGAGGCAGCUGCAUUGUCCAUUGACGGAACGCAAGAUGGAACUUCAUUCAACUUGCUAUUCGCAAAGAUCGAAGCGACUAGCGUUAUCUCAAUUGAUUCAUCGUUAUUAAAGAAACACGCAAUUCUUGUAGACGAGCAGUUAACAGACAUCUUUUAG